UCCGGCCCGGCCGCGGGGAGGGGGAAGACGGCGAUGGCGGGUCCAGCCUGACCGCCAGGAGGGGAAAGACGGCGGGGGCGGGUCUGGCCCGGCUGCAGGAAGGAAAGAGACGGCGGCGGCAGGUCCAGCCUGACUGCGGGGAGGGAAAAGGCGGCGGCGGCGCGGGCGGCAAACACAGCAAUGGGCAUCAAUUUUCGGGAGACUAGCGCCCGUUAUUUUAACGGGCUAAAAUAUACUAGUAGUGAGGUAAAGCUGGUGAUCAUGAACACCACCUUUAUCUCAUUAUUAGUAAAAAUGAACUGCCGCUCCAUUUCCCUUCUGCCUCCCUGCCAGAGUACUCUGUGGUUCUGGUGGGCUACAGCUACUGUUGCCAACACUCUCAUACUGGAGACAUUAACAAACACGUUAACAGUCAUCAGUGGCUGGCUGACUUACCAUUCCCCAGGCAUUGGGAUCACAAAAACCACAAGUAGGCGCAAGCGAUGUCUACUACUAGAUAGUGCUCAGGUGUGGAACCUAUCAUUACUGGAUAACAACACGUCUCUUUCUAGAAGACCAAGUUAUGUCACACCCAGAGGCUAUUCUCAUGGGCGAGCAAAACUGGGCUAAAGGAGCCCAGCCUGGUUUUGCUCACUCGUGAGAACCAGUAGGCUCCAGGGGUGUAACUAUAAUAGGGCAAGGGGAGACAGUUGUCUGGGGCCCCCCUGCCUUGGGGGCCCCCAGAGGCAAGUCACAUGACUGACUCCCCCAGCUGCGCACCCGCUGGGGCUUCCUUCAGUUGUAUUCAUCCUCCGAAACUGAUGGCCAAUCAUGCCAACACUGGGGAUUACUUGCAAAGUGUAAACAGUACUCCAGCAAUUGAGACUGGACACAUGGGUCCGUUUUCUCUUCAGGACAAUAAACAGGGAAGAGAUGAGGAAGUCAAUUUGAUCUGGCUGGCUUGUUUAUGAAGUACCGUACACAAAAUACAAAAGGGAGAAGCAAGACUGAUGACUCCACCCCAUAAAAUACCCCUUUAAAGGCAUUUGCUGUCCGAAUAACACUGCAGUUGCUUACAACAGAAGAGGCAAACAUGACUGAGAAAACAUUUGUGGAAGAAAUAGAAAAAGCACUGGAAAAAUCCAAAGGCCUUAACAUCAAGGAGCUUCUGUUUUCCUAUCAGGGGACCUUCUAUCCAGCCACUGUCUGCAGUGCAGAAACCUUCCAAGCCCUGGAAAAUUUUGAAGCCAGAAAAGACGACUUGGUGUUGGUGUCUUAUCCCAAAUGCGGUAUGAAUUGGCUCAUUCAGAUUGCAAGUGAUCUGAUUGCUACAACUUUGAAUACUAAGCAGGAGAACAAAGAGCUCCCAUUUAUUGAAUGUGGAGAUCCUGAAAAGUAUCAGAGGAUGAAGCAGUUUCCAUCUCCAAGGAUUGUGGCCACCCACCUCCAUUACAACAACCUUCCCAAAUCCAUCUUGAAAAAUAAAGCCAAGGUACUGGUGUUGUUUCGUAAUCCUAAAGAUGUGGCUUCGUCGUUUUUCCAUUUUCACAACAAUUCCCCAAACAUUCCCAGUUAUAACUCCUGGGAAGAGUUUUUUUCAGAAUUUAUGAGUGGAAAAGUGGCUUGGGGAUCCUAUUUUGACCAUGCAGUUGUUUGGAACAAACACAUAGACGAUGAAAAUAUUCUGAUUCUGACAUAUGAAGAACUGAAAGAGGACUUGGCUGCUGGAGUGAAGCGUAUAGCUGAAUUCUUUGGUUUUGCUGCUACGGCGGAACAAGUCCAGUCUAUUGCAAACAGGGCGUCCUUCCAAGCAGUGAGGGACAAAUCUCAGGAGACACAUGGUGCAGUUGGGCCACUGCUUUUCCGGAAAGGGGUAGUAGGAGAUUGGAAGAGCCUUUUUAGUGAAGCACAAAGCCAGAAAGUGGAUGCUAAAUUUAAAGAGUGCUUAGUGGGAACAAAGCUGGAAGCAAAGCUGAAGUACGAUGUGUACUGCAAAGCCUGAAAGUGUCCCUUGUGGAAAAUCACAUUUUGGUGAACACUUUUUGUGUAAUCUCAAACACUCAAGAAAAACAGAAAUCAAGCACUUUUAUGUGGCAAUUUUCAAAAAAAUCAAGCAAUUUUCAGAUAUUGUGAUACUCUUUAAUGUCAGAUUCCUAGCAUAUAUUUUAAACUAAGCUGGGUCUUGUCACACACUUUAAUAGCCUAUUUUUCUGAGAUGGGAUCAGUUACUUCAUUAUGAUGAUUUUAAGAAGUAGGGGAGGAUGACGUGUGGAGGAUUGCCAGAUGUUAACCUGGAGAAUGUGCCUGUCCCUUUAAAAUGGCUGAAGGGGUCAAAGAGGAUGCAGCUGCUGUGUUUCCUACCCCAUUUCUCUAUGGGCUCCUUUAACCAUUCUUCUCCCCCACCUGCUGUGGGGCAAAACUUCAGCCUUGCUAUGUAGGAAGAGGUUGCAAAUGGGACCUGUAGAGGAAUAGGGCAGGAAGUGAUAUGCAUAGCUUGGGUAAAAAGACCUUGUAAUUGGUAACUUUGGCUCAAGAGGGGGAGUAUCUUAUGCAGGGGAGACCAGAAAACCUUUAAAAUGGCUGUGCUUAUGCUAAAAGUACUUGUGAGUUUGAACUAUAAUAACAAAGCUGUGCCUUAUUAUCUGCUAUCUACUAUCUGCUUCUUUGCCUACCUCAAUGCUUAAAGCUUUUAAAAGGGCAGGCAGGAUCUCUGGUUAAUCCUAGGGAUGUGCAUGAAACCAUUCGGAGGCCCUUUUAAGGCUGUUUGGCUGGUUUGAAGAUGUGUGUGUGGGUGUGUGUGUGUGUCACACUUUAAGGGUGCGGGAGGGUGCACUUACCCCUCCCUCUGCUUUUCUCCUGCCGGGGCUCCGUUUUUCAAAGCUCCUUCGAGGUGGCAGCCUACCUCCCUGCCACUCCAUCCCCUCUUUGCCCAGAAGUACCGGGCCCGCCCAACGUGCGUGUGGAGUGCACAUAAGUGCAACCCCGCUGCCUUUGAACCACCCCCGCCCAGUUCCAUGCACAUCCCUAGUUAAUACCUGGCAAUCCUAGAUGAAUCGUCUCACGAAAGCUCAUGCUUUCCCAUUCCCUCUUACAAAACUUUGAGGUAUCACAGCAAACUAUACGGUGUGUACAUGGUUGCAGUUAUAUGGGACUUUGCCCUCUUGGGGAGCCUGAUGUACUGCUCCUGCCACCAUUAUUAAGGGUUGCUCAGGGGCAGCCCAAGACAUUUUGCUGUCUAAGGCAAAGGGCAAUAUGAUACUCUCCCCCCCCGCCCCCCAUCUAUGGGUGGGUGUUCAGCAUUCUCAUGCCACGCUGAUGAGGUCCUGGUGACAACACGUGAGCACUCUCAAGACAAUGCCACCAAGCCAGGCAGUGGUGACAGCAGCGUUCCCAGCUCCAGCUGGGUGGUGAAGACGAAGAGGUGUGCCCCAGCAGGGUGAGGAAGCAAGAAUGAACAGCCUGGGAGGUGAGGAAAGGUGGGGCCCAUGGUUCCUGCCGCCCCCUGUGCCUCUUCCUGUGCCCGAGGCAACUGUCUCACCCUGCCUCAUAGAAGGGCUGCCCCUGGGGUUGCUGAGUCUUGUGGCAGUCAGGGGGCAGGACUCUGGGCCCUCUGAGCAGUAAAGAGAAAUUCAGCAGUGAAGUCUUUUCAAAUCACGGAACCUUUUCCAAACAAGCAGAUGUGGCAAUGGAGAAAAGCUUCACAUCAUGUUAAAAGCACAGGAGUUCUGCCAGCAAAAAGCAGAACUCUGUAAUAUAAAAUUUGAACAGAAGGCUGAAGCUCAGGCCAGUAUCAUGUGUGGCUGUUGGACCUAUAUGGACAAAAAACCUGGGGUACAAUUCACUUCUAAAUGUUUUCUAAUUUUAGGGAAUCAUAAGCCUGAUAACUGAUUCACGCAAUAAACUUUUUCUAUGUGGAUGGGAUCAUUGCACUCAAAAUCUUUAGGAAAGUGUGAUAUGACAAUGGCUGGUAAACCCCAUUUCCCACCCACCCCCAUAGCCAAGCAGCAUGUUGCAUUAGGUUUCUGGAUAAAAUAUGGUAGAAGAAAUAGAUACUGCUCAUGAAUCAAUCAGAAAUUUAUUCAGCACAUCAAGGUGGAUGUUCAAGAGCUUUCAGAAAUAGCACCUAUAGACUUUUGUUGCUACUUUGGAUGUGUAUCA